AGAUGGCGGCCAGCGACGAUAACCCUAUGCAGCUGUACGAAGUUUUUCAGAACUGCUUCAAUAAUAUAGCAAACAAGCAAAAAGAUAAGCACGGCCAGCCGGUAGCUGCAUAUGGCGACGCCCAGGACGCCUACGCACCGGCGCCCGGACAGCCUGCUGCCGCCGCGCCAUCUGUGGGCAACCCGUACGGUCCCAGUUCACCAUAUUUCCCGUUUGGUGGGGCGUCGUCCGCGCAGGGUCCAAGUGCAUCCGGCUCGGCCGGCAAACGGCCAGUGCUACCGUCAGUAGGGAGUUUGAAGAAGCGAGAAGAGGGCAUGGACGGCGGCGGCAAGCCCGGCAUCGGACCACACCAGCAAUGGUAUGUGGGCGACGACUACAGCCAGGAUUCGCCCGGACGCUACAGCUCCUACUUCCUCGACGGCGGCGCCCCUGCCGGCGAUCCGUGGAACUCGCAGUACUCCAGCUACUCGCCAGGCGGCAUGAUGGGGCCGGUGCCGCAGGCGUCGCCGCAUUACGGCAUGCCCGACGGCAUGGUGUACGGGGCCGACCUGUCUUCCAACCUGCCGUCGAUGUCGUCGUUCCGCGCGCCGCCGUCGUCGACGCCGGCCGUGUCGCCGCACCUGUCGGCCGGCUCGCCCAUGUACAGCGCCGGCAGCGGCCACCCGGCGCCGCCGCCGCCGCCGCAGGCCAACACCGGAGACACGCUGGGCAAGGCGCUGGCCUCGAUCUACUCGCCGGACCACGCAGCGAGCGGCUACGGCGGCGGCGCCGUUCCAAACACGCCGAAUCCACGAAUGCCUGAUGAGCAUUUGGAUGACGCUAUUGGACUUCUAAGAGACCACGCUCAGGGCGGCCGGAUCGAGGAGCGCCUGGACGACGCGUUGAUGGUGAUGCGCAGCCACGCCGAGCCGCCGGCGCCGCCCAUGCUGCCGCUGCACCCGGCGGCCGGCGGCGCUCACGCCAACGGCCUCCUCUACAUGGAGCAGCACGUGGCCGGCCUGCGGGCGGCCGCCGGCUCGGCGCCGCCCUACGGCCAGCUGGUGUCGCCCGAGCAGCCCGACCGCGCCACCGCUUCCAAGAAGCGGAAAGAGGCGCCGGACAGCACGGAGCUGGGCUCGAACCUGUCGGCCAGCUCCGUGGCCGCCUCCACCACCUCCACCUCGUCCACGUCGUCCAAGGCGAAGCGGUCGCGACGAUACGCCGGACAACAGCCCGCUGUCGAUUGUUGCAGCGAAGAGGAGUCCGAUCUGGACCCGGGCGUCAAGCUCGUGCGCGAGAAGGAGCGACGUAGUGCAAAUAACCAGCGGGAACGGGUGCGCAUUCGCGACAUCAACGAGGCGCUCAAGGAGCUGGGCCGCAUGUGCAUGACGCACAUGAAGCAGGACAAGCCGCAGACCAAGCUGGGCGUGCUCAACCUGGCCGUCGAUGUGAUCAUGACGCUGGAGCAGCAAGUUCGAGAGCGCAACCUCAACCCCAAGGCCGCCUGCCUGAAGCGGCGGGAGGAGGAGAAGAACGACGACAUACCUCAUCACAUGCACCCCAGCGCCGCCGGCAUCCCCUUCAACAUGAACGUCAGCAACGUCAGUCAUUCCGGUGCGGUGCCCUCGCACUCUCUACAGCACCAACAGUAGCGGCACCUACCGACGGCUGAUGACAGCUUCACUUCGGAGUCGGCCGUGCGCAGCGCUGACGGCGUCCGGGCGAACGCGGAAGGCAGCGCCGCGCAGCGUCACAUGUGAUACAUAUUGACUCGAGUCUUGCCCGCCGGAUGGCGGUAGUGUGUACAUAGUGGGCUGCGUCGGAGCGCCGCGGCGGCGGAGGACCGGUAGGCUAGGCGGGCGGGCGCGCUCCGGCCGCCGUGCAGACCAAUUUACAAAGGCCGCACACAAGUGUUCUGUGUACAAAGUUGUUAUUUUAUGACCGCGGAGCGAGCGUGCUGCGUCGCGCGGCGGCCGUGGCGGUCGACCCCCAUUCGUGCAUGAUAUUCCAUAAGUGCAUUACGUAUUUUACUCGUGAGUUGUGUCAUUUGGGGGCCGGCGCGCCGCCUCUCCCCUUCUCGUCUCCAUGACGUGCGCCCGCUCGGCGCCCGAGCCCGGCCCGGCCCUCGGACGGCCGCCAGCUGGCGACGCAACGUCAGUAUUACGUUCAUUCCGGCCUCGGCAUCUGUCGCCCGCUUGUGGCGCCGGCGGCGCCGCCCCGUCUGUACAUAUGCGGCGCGAGGGCGAUCGGCCAGUGGCGCGCGGCGCGGCGCGGCCGGGCGCCGCCAGAUCUCCGGGCGUCGCCCGCGGACCCCGCCCCCUGCUCAUUCUGGCAUUACCGGCCCCGUGCGGAGGCCCGCGCGCCCCGCGCGAGAGACAGCGAGUGAGCGAGAGACAGAGAGUGCGCGUGGGUGGGUGGGUGUGCUGGUGGCGCCGCCCCUGCUGCUAUUUUUGUGGUGAUGAGCUUUUGCAGAGGCUGCCUGCCUCGCCUGGCGGCGUGCCGCGGAGGCACGGUUCAUUCAAUCGGCACUUCAUAUCUCCGCGCGCGCGCCCCCGCUCAUGCCGCGAAAUCAACCAUUGGGAGGACGUUGUUUUUAGUGUGGCCUGCAUGGAGGAUAUAUUGUUUUCUUUGUUGAGUGGGUGUCACCCGACGCAGUCUCCGUGUUGUCUGUACUUCAAAUCGCAUUAUACCUGAGUACGAUAGUCGAUUGUAGAAACAUAUAUAUCCAUGUGCCAUUUA